UCAUUCCACCUGCCCGGCACCCAGCGCCCAAGUUACUUCCGCUUCAUCGACGCAAGAUAACUAGUUAAGAAAGCGACAGCCGCCAAGGAACUCUUGAUUAACGGAAGACUUGGAAGAGUAAACCGGAACAUCCAGCAAGGACAGGGAGACCGGAAUCAAAAUGGCGAGCGUCGCAAAUACAACGCAGACACGUACCCCGUCGGGGUCACAGCCAACGCGCCCGAAGGGCAUUCUCAAGAACUCGUGUCGCCGCUCCCCUCCAGUCUCCCCCACCGACGGCCAUAGCUUGCCGCACACUCCGGAAGCGAGCUUUCCUCUGUCACCAAAGGAGGCCAAGGAGUUGACCAUCGCAAACACACAGUACAAUGCCGGGCACCGCCGCUCAUCAUCCACCACGGCCUCUCGGCCGGGUGGGUCACGCCGGCAAAGCUCACUCCCGCCCAAUGACGGCCAGGAGGAGCAAGGUCAGCGGCUGAAGUGGGACGAGGCGAACCUGUACCUGACGGAGCAGGAGCGCACCAGCACGAUGAAGAUCAACGAGCCAAAGACGCCCUACGCGAAGCACUACGACCCCUCCGAGGACCCGUCAGACGAGGAUGACGAUGACGAUGACAUGGACAAGGUCGACGGCGCGCCGCACCCGACCGGACAGCAACGACGGUCGCAGACGCAGCGCAGACGCCACGGCGCGCCCUCCGACGACGAGAUCCCGCGCCUGUCGCUUGGCGAGCCCGAGGAGGAAGUGCCCGAGCCGUCCUCGCCGCCCCGGCCGCGCGCGGUGCACGUCGACAGCAAGGGCAGUGGGCACGACACGGACGGCGAGGAGUACCUGGUGGGGCUGAGCGCCGAGGAGCGGGAGAAGCACCGGCGGUUUGAGGAGAUGCGCAAGAAGCACUACGAGAUGAAGAACGUGGCUGCGUUGCUGGGGCACCCCGAGGAGCUGGAGGAGCUCGACGAUGAUGACGACGACGGCGACGGCGAUGCCGCGGGUGAGGGAAGACCCCCUGUUCCGCCUCUGCCGAGUCGGGUCAAUGGAACAUCGUAGAUACGAUACGGACGAGACAACCUGUUAAACCGAUGCUAGGGAAGAGGAUGUUCAAGAGAGUGGUGAUGAAUCGUGGUGGUGACGACGACGACGACGACGACGACGAUGAUCCUUGGAGGUAUUAUUCUUGGGUUUACAUGAGACUCGGGAAAGCUCUCGCCAACAACCGUCAUUACAUGAGAAUUCGGGAUGAAUAGGAUGCUACGUGGCUG